GCCUAGCGCAAGUUGUAAACACUCCCUAAUAAAAGUAGCGUCACUUCCUUGCCCAUCCCUAAGGGAAAAACGAAAUAUUAAAAAGAAAGGAACGAAGCAAGGAAAGACCGAGAAAAAGACGAAAAGUGAAGGUAAACGAGUGGAAGCCAGAUGAAAAGAGAAUUGUAUAGGAGGGAGCAAGCGAACAACGAAAGUACGCGCAACAAAUCAUGCCUCUCCACAAGUCAUCUCGCGGGCAUCGCCUGGACCCCACCAUGAUUUCAGCUCCCCUUGGGGACUUCCGCCAUACUAUGCACAUAGGUCGAGGUGGUGAUGCAUUUGGUGACACUUCCUUCCUGUCCACUCAUGGCCCAAGUCCACCCAACUCUAACUCUGUCCCAGCGGCCCUUCCGGAAACCAACUCUGAAACACAGCUCAGCGAUAGCACUGCCAGUGCCUCCAGUCCACAGCCUUGUGAAUUGCAACACUCAGAAUCUGUAUCUUCUCUGUCUCUGGACCUGGAUUUGGACUUGGGUCCAUCAAUUUUGGGAGAUGUUUUGGGAGUAAUGGAUGGACUAGCGCUGGACUCUGCCUGGACCACUACUGGUGGGGAAGAAGUUUUCAGUCCAAGCAACAGAGAAGCAGAGAUGGAACUUAGUGGAAAUGGAGAAGAGUCUCUUUUAAGUGCUAAAAAUGAGGUGAAUGUUAAAUGGGAGAUCAGCCAAGAUGGGCAAGAGUUUAGGGAGAAGGGAGAUGGGCAGCUGUCAGAAAGUAGUAGUCUUAAAUGUAAAGGAGUGGGGCUUAGGCCUAAAGUAAGAUUUAGUGACAAAAGAGAGGAAAUCAUUGGUCGAGAGGAAGAAGGUGAUGGGCUGGAGCAAGACGUGUAUGAGGCUGAGCGUUUGAGUCUUGUACAUGGAGAGAGUGAGGCAGGCAUUGGAACUGACAGCAAGCCUGCCAUAAGGGGGAGUGAUGGGAAAGAGCCCACCAAUCACUUGGCAGAAUCCCCGCCAAGCCCUGCCUCCUCACUCAGCUCGGAGUAUGAGGGAGUCUCGCCAUUAGACAGGAGGAGAGAGGAAGAUGGCCACUCAGAGACAGAUUCUGAAGAGGAGGGAACAGGCAAUGAGCAAGGUUACACCUUUGAGGAUGAGUUUGAUGAUGAGAUUGGUCUAUAGGAUAUAUGGAACUGAUAGUACAUGGACCAAUGACAAAGCAGAAUUUUGUUUGUCCUCAGUAAUCAUGUAUAGUAUUGUCUAUUUUCUGUUUUUUCCCCUACAACUUAAAAAAGAUUAUAUUAAAGGGAGUUGGACCAAAGUAUACCUGAGAAUUUUCCAUUUUAAAACUGAAACUGGAAAUUAUAAAGGUCUCAUCAUAAAUGUAGUUUAUAGGUGCAAAUUAUGUUUUUUCUUCAUCUCAAAGUACACUAUUCAAAUCCCUUUCUGUGAAGCAGUCAUAUUUUAUUGCCAUUAUUUCUUAAUAUUUAUGUAUUUGCGCAUUUAGUUAUCUUGUAAGAACAUGGAAGGUUUACAGGAUAGGCAUGCAUCAAGAUUAAGGCAUGUACUCGUGACUGCAUCAUAAAGAUUUGCCCUCUAAUUUUCCUAGUAAAGUGCAAGUUCUUACUCUGAACAUGUUCUGUGUGGAAAGAAGGUAAAUAUUGAAGAUUGAUAAUGAAAGAAAAUGAAUUUGUGAACAAUAAUGUAUUUUAUGAAAGGGGCGUGUACAUGUCUGUGGACAUGGCUGUUUCUUAGUACAUGCCAUUUGAUGAUGUAGGGUGGUCUGACUGAUCAGAUUUGGUUCUACAGAAGCCACAAAAUCUGAGACCUGAGAUGUUGUCAUGUCUGAUAUGAAGAGUACUGUGGAAUAUUUCAAGUUUAGUAAUGGCAGGAGCCAUCUGCCACCUUUGCCACUAAGUGCAUUAUUGAAAUUUUUUUUUUUUUUACUAUUCCUAUUCUUCGAAGAAACAAUGUGCUCAGGAGCAGUUUGGGUACAUCACAGGCAUGUAUCUUUUUCUAACUUAGGUGCUGUAUCCCUCCAUCCUUUUGCUGCCUCCUUCAUUGGACGCUGGUUAAACUGCAGUUUAUUUUCUCACGAGAAAUUUUGAUAAAUCAUUGAUUUAAAUCCAGAGUUUCAGUUUGUUUUCAUUACAGGUGGGGGUUUCAAGAUGAUCUCAAAUUUUGUGACACCAAAUUAUACUGUUUGAAUCCCAGCAUCAAAGAUUCAGACAAACUGCAUUUACAAGGCACUGAGUAGAUGCUUGAAGGCAGUUUAAAAAUGCUAGUGUGGACAGUUCUGAGUACAGUCCAAGCAACAAAAGCUCUACACGCCAAACCUUUAGCCAGAAAGGUGUUAAUGAACAAGUAUGAGUAAACUGCUUAUGAGUAAACUGCUUAAGACAUUUUAUAGAAUGAGUAUACAUUACAGAACACUUAUCAACAAUGAAAUGCCAAUCAAUUGUACAAUUCUAUUUGGAUUGUAGAUACAUUGCCAUCAAUGUUUGGCUGCACUAUUUAAGGCUAAACAUUAAUUCAAAAUGGACAAACUCACUUUCUCUUUAAACUAAUUCAGUGGCUAAAGAUUUACCUCAUGGUAGUUUCAGUUCUGAACCUUAUCCUUAAGCUAUUCUUGUUAUCUCUUGGCUAAUUACCUGAGCUAUCCUCAUUUGACCAUGUUUUGGUUAUACAAAAGUAUAAAAGCUCUUAGUGAUGUGGGAAAAGACCUAGCUAAAUAAGCACACAAAACACUAUUAAUGAAAAAAUCAGGACACUUUAAUUCCAGGACAACGGUGAGCCUGUAUUGCCUUAAAAUUGGGGCAAAUUCUGUCUCAGUAUUAACAGAAAUGCAGCAUGGGAGUUACUCAAGUGAGAGUAGAAAUUGCUAUAUCGAUGUAUUUGUUUUUCUUUUUUAUGGACCACAUAUAUAAACAUUCCUUAAAGGGGUUUUAUUUUGUUUUCCCCAAAGGUAUUCUUAUGGUUUUUAAAUAUGAAAUCUUAAGAUUAUCUGUGAUCUGUUUACUUUAAAUAAAUAUUUACCUGCAUCAAUAAA